AUGGCGGCCUCUAGUCGAGAGACGGACACGACGAUAUGGCUGAACAACAAGUUGGGGUCCACCGACGAUCUCUGGUCCGGCAACUCGAUUUGCUCGCAGCUGUCGAAAGAUCGUCUGCUCACAAUCAUCGACUGCUUCCACACGCUGCAAGCCCACGUCAAAUGGAAACAGGAGUUGGAGGAGUUGUACAGGAUUGCGUGCAAUGACGCGGACCUCUGGGUUUCGACAGUCGCCGACAUCUUACGGACGUUCCCAUCGACUGGCAACUUGAACGCUGAGGUCAAGGACAACCACGUCAUCUUCCAUGAAAUCAUCAGUGACCUCAGGAAGUUAGUGAGGAAGGGACAGGAUGUGAGUAUGUACCCACUGGAAGGGUGCUACCUCAGUCGGAGUGCCCUCAUCUCAGUGGCUGGUCCCUUACAACCCCCAGCCAAACAUUUUGCCCUCAAAAGAAGACCAAAAUCUGCUGCCCUCCGUGUAGAACUCCUACAGAAAUCCACAGAUGCUGCCAACAAUUUGAAGAAGAAUGUAAGCACCUACCCCGUGAAGAUGAGGAGUUUUGCUAAGAAAAUGAAUGAUGACAUCUUUGGUAUGAUUAAAUCUUUCUACUUUGCAAAUCAGGCUUCAGCAGAUGAUAUGCAAAUGAUGGUUUGGGCCUCAAUAUUGAUUCAAAGAACCAUAAUCCUAACCCUUAGAAUUCCAGGCGCUGUCGUAUUCGGUAGAGAUUACAUUUCCAAUUCUAAAACAACUCCACUGUUAUUGGAGUUUGAUGCAUUACCGUUGAGUGCCAAGGAAACAAAGAAGAGGAAGAAGAUGGAGCUGGAAAUGCAAAAGACCGCAAAGAAGGAAGAGCAAGCCGCAUUAUCAUCGCCGACCAGCAUCGCCAUCACCUCGCCCACACAGUCGACGUCAACUUCAGCAGCCUCACAAUCGUCAUCUUCAACCAUGCCCGAUUAUGCCGCUGGGCUUCUGGCUGUCACAUCAUUUGAUAGUCUUGCCACGUCAACAGCAACAAACCUCAUGAACCAGACUGUCACGCCAACAUCAACAUUGAACAAUCUCACGUCCCUGACUGUCAACAACCUGAUCACGUUACAAGCAGUUCAACAACAACAACAACAACCACCACAACAACAACUAACGACGUCCUCCCUAUUGUCGCCAAACAUCAUCCUACCAUCACCAACUAGCAACCCACAGACCAUCAGAUUCACAGUUGUGCCAUCUUCAGCGGCCCAGCAACAGCAGCAGCAGAUUUUCUUGUCAGCACGACAACCUCAUCAACAAAUCAGGCAGAUAAUCCUAACCACUCCUGCUUUAAAUAUGCAGCAGCAGCUGCAACAGCAACCGCAGCAGCAGCUGCAACAGCAACCGCAGCAGCAGCUGCAACAAACAAUAGUCCUGCGACCAGCCAACCAGCUACAACAAACAGCUGCAACAACGAUGAACAAAAUGUUGUCAGCAAAUAAUCCCAUUGUCAUCAGAGCUUCUGCCUCGUCACUCAACAACAUAAACAACAACAACAACAACGCUAUUAUAAUCAAUAACAUCAACAACCUUAAUAGCAUCAACAUAAAAAAUCUUAACAUUAAGAGCAUCAACAUGAAUGUGCACAACAACAACAACAACAACACAGCAACUAAUGCAACUAAUGAAGUAGUUCAAUUUGCUCCUACCAACUUAUCAACCAACAACACCAUCUCAUCAGCUAAUAACAACAACACCGUCAUCAUCAACAACAACAACAAAGCAACAAUCCUCAACACGCCAAGACAUGUAAUAAGAACCUUGCAGUUGCAACUACAACAGCAACAACAACAGCUUUUACAGCAGCAGCAGCAACAAUCAAUUGCUACUACAUCAACGGCAGAAGAGAGCCAGCCAAAAAAAGAACUCAUUCUUACUCGUGAACAAGUGUUUGAAGCACAGGAGAUGUUCAAGAUAUUCCCAAACAUCACCAGAGCAGAGAAGGCACUCAUUCUUGGAUUCAUGGCUGGCGCCAGAGACAACCCGUGCCCUAACCAAGGUCCGGUGCUGAACAUCCGUCUCGGCGAGACCGUGGAGAGCAUUGAGCAGCCGGACGGGGCGUUCCAUCCAAUGGUUGUGGAGACCCACCUGCAACUCAACUACUCGUCCGGAGAGUUCAAGCAGUUCAGGAAGAUCAGAGAUAGAGAGGUCGAUGCUGAAUGAUGAUGAAUGGAAGAUGGAGUAAGGAGAAGAAGGAGGAAUGAUAAUGGCGGUGGUGAUUGUGCUCGCAGCGGUGUGGCAGUGAUGAUGAUGAUGAUGCCACUGUUGGGAAUGCCUCAAAGCUAUUUUUUUAUUAUGCUCAUGGUGAUAAUCAUGUUGACAAUAGUAAUUAUUAUUAUUUUUUAUAUUUUUAUUAUGCUACCGUCAUUAUCAUUAUCAUAAUUGAUGCAUUUGUCAAGCUCAUUGCACAGCUCGAUCUAAAAUGAUGCUGGAAAAUAAUAUUCUCUUCAACUGAAAUGUCGCAUUUAGAUAUUUAUUUAUACGUGGUGUAACAUUAUAUUAUGACAUUUAUGAUCAAUAUGGUGGUUGUGAUGUUUGUCUUACGUUUCUAACAAGCCUAAGAUAUAUUUUGAUGAGUUGAUAUAUUCAACAGAUGAAUGAUCAUUUCCAACUAUUGAAAUGACGUUAAUUCUGUCCUGAUAUGCUGUUGUUAUUUUGUGU